AUGGUUCCAUCUAACAUCCUCAACAUUUUUAAUCAAGGUGAAAGCUCAACAGCUGUUGCAGAUCAGGAGAUUUGUCUACCCUGUCAAAUAAUGGGAGCAUUUACAUGUUUUGCAGGAAGUGCAUAUUUCUUAUCCGACUUGCCAUUUAAAGAUGCAAAUCCUAAGCAGAAUCCAUUAUGGUUCAGGUACGCUUUAAGGACCUCUGGUGUUGCACUUUUCGGCCUUGGUGUGUAUCGGGGCACAGAAGGCUGGUUAUGGAACACUGACGCUAAAUACAAGGAUUCAUUCUUAAAAUAG